AAGCGUCACGCGUCACUCUGCGCACGCCCGGGACUCGCCCGCCCUCUUCUGAGGAGGCUUGGUCUUGUCUCCUCCUUCAGUCAGCAUUCCGUGUCGAUGGCCGUGUCUAAGCACAAUGGUUUGACCUGAGUCCAAGAUGCUGAGAAUUCCAAAUAUAUGAGGCAAAAAUAUCAAUAAUGACUCUUCAGGAGAUUUUUCAGAUUGCAGCCCGUUUAUAUCCUGAGAGAAGAGCAGUGUGCUUUGAUGAAUGCAACAGCGAGGCUCCUGUUACCUAUACAUACAAGGCAGUUAUUACUUUGGCUGAUGAACUAACAGCUUUAUUGAGGAAACAUUGUGAAUUUGGUGAAAGUUUGGAAAUAGGCCUCUACUGCUACCCAGGAAUCAAUUUGCCGUCUUGGAUUAUAGGAAUUCUUCAAGUGCCAGCUGCAUAUUCUCCUAUUGAUCCAGAUGCCCUGCCAAGCCUCUCUGCCUAUUUUAUGAAAAAGUGUAACUUCCAAUAUGUCCUCGUAGAAAAAGACAAAAUGGAUAAAUUCACGGUAACACACGGACACUUGUUUACUCUUAAUUCUCUUGAAAUGCACAGUGUUGGCUUAAUUCUUUUCCAGAGGAAAAAUAGUGAUGUAGAUAUAAAUCUGAUGAUAGAAUAUGUCAAAGACAAACAGAGUCCUGAAGUGACAAAUCAGCAACAUGUGCCAAAACCAUUCCAGGAGUUGUUGGAUGUCAGAGAGAAACACUCCAUAGCAUAUAUUUUGCAUACCUCUGGAACGACUGGGUUGCCCAAAAUUGUCCGAGUGCCUCAUAAAUGCAUAGUACCAAAUAUUCUUCAUCUUCGAGAUAUUUUUCAGAUUACGCCAGAUGAUAUUGUGUUUAUGGCCUCUCCCUUAACAUUUGACCCCUCUGUGGUUGAGUUGUUCAUUGCUCUGACAAGUGGGGCUUCCCUGCUUAUAGUACCCCACCUAAUUAAGAUGUUGCCACAGAAAUUAUCGAAAGCACUCUUUCAUCAGCACAGAGUGUCUGUAUUACAGGCUACACCAACACUCAUAAGAAGAUUUGGAAUUCAGUGUAUUCAAUCAAAGGUGUUAUCUGCAGAUACCUCGCUGCGCAUCUUAGCUCUUGGUGGAGAAGCAUUUCCUGGAGUGAAUGUGCUGAGAAGCUGGAAAGAAAAGGGGAACAAAACACACAUCUUUAAUAUCUAUGGUAUUACAGAAGUGUCUUGCUGGGCCACCUAUUACAAGAUUCCUGAGGAGGUUUUCAGUUCUCAUCAAUUUGAUUCCCUUGUUCCACUGGGAGCUCCCUUAUCUGGAACAGUAGUAGAAGUCAAAGACACAAAUGGUUUUACUGUUCUAGAAGGUGAUGGCCAAGUAUAUCUAGGAGGGAAAGAACGUGUCUGUUUUCUUGAUGAGGAAAUAACAUUGCCUAUGGGUACAAUGAGAGCAACUGGAGACUAUGUUCGAGUGCAGGGCUCUGAAAUGCUUUUUUUGGGGAGAAAGGACAAUCAAAUUAAGCGACAUGGCAAGCGCCUCAAUAUUGAAUAUGUAGAACAGAUUGUAGAAGGUUGCUGCCAAGUGGAAACGUGUGCUGUGAUAUCCUAUCAACAGGAGAAACUAAUUCUGUUUGUUGUGCCCAAAGGCCAUUUGAAAAGAAGACACUUUUUAAAGAAACUCCAGCAAUUUCUUCCUAGUCAUGCAGUGCCGGAUGACUUUUUGUUGAUUGAUAGUUUGCCCUUCACCGCACAUGGCAAAAUUGAUGUGUCCGAGCUGAACACGAUUUACAGUAAUUAUCUCAGCUCCAGAAGGAAUGAUGCCAAGCUGAGCGAAAAAGAAGAAUUGUGGCAGAGAUUGCAGUGUUUAUGGAAGUCUCAUCUGAAUCUUCCAGAUGAUUCCAGCAGCAUUACAAAAGAGGCGUUGUUUUUGCAGAGUGGUGGAGAUUCCUUAAAAGCAUUACAGUUCCAUGAAGAAGUUGAAUUUAUGUUAGGCAAGACAGUGCCGGGGCUCCUGGAAAUUCUUCUUAGUCGUUCUGUUGGGGAUGUCUAUGAGCAUAUUCUAAGGACAGCUUUCCUGGGUGAUGAUGUAAAAGGAAGCUGUACAAAUGCUUUGAAAAGAAAAAAUUAUGAAAACGAGAGUGAGGACACCAGGGCAAAGCAAAAACAGGAAAGGCUGAGUGCUGAAGUGGACCCAGUUGGAUUGAUUGCUUUAAGACGAGGGAACCGAUCUUUGUCUAUUGGCGAGCCUUUGAAGAACCAGAGUGAAACAGAACAAGUGGGAGAUAAUGCAACACAGACAACUCAACAUGAUGUAACAAUUGCCAGCAAUGAAAAUAUAGCAGAGGUGGAUUUUGUUAUAAAAACCUCUUUACAAGAGAAUCCAAGAAAAACUUUUGAAAAUCUGGCACUGAGCAUAAGAUGGAAGUCAGAUUUGCAGAAGUGUGUAGAUGCAUCUCCACUAGUGGUAAUAUCGACCUCUGAUAAUUAUCCAUCUUCCUUUGUAUAUAUUGGAUCUCAUUCUCACAUAAUUCAAGCAAUUGACCUACAUUCCGGAGAAGUCAAGUGGGAAAUCAGCCUUGCGGAUCGUAUUGAGUCCUCUGCCUGUGUAUCCAAGUGUGGAAACUUCAUCAUUGUUGGAUGUUACAAUGGAUUGGUGUAUGUGCUCAGAAGCAGUAAUGGGCAAGUACACUGGACAUUUUCCACGGAGGAUGCUGUGAAAAGUUCUCCGACUGUGGAUCCUUCCACAGGACUCAUCUUCAUUGGAUCUCAUGACCACCAUGUGUAUGCCUUAGAUAUUUAUAAGGAAGAGUGUGUUUGGAAGUUAAACACUGAAGCUGGAGCUGUAUUCUCCUCUCCUCAUCUCAGUGUAUUACCUCACCAUUUGUAUGUUGCGACACUUGGAGGACUGCUGCUUGCUGUAAAUCCUAUUAUGGGGAAUAUAAUCUGGAAACAUGUUUGUGGAAAACCUAUCUUCUCAUCACCACAUUGCAACAAGGACUCUGUGUGUGUUGGGUGUGUGGAUGGAAACUUGUAUUGCUUUAGCCACUUCGGAGAAAAGGUUUGGGUGUUUUCCAGCAAUGGACCAAUUUUUUCAUCACCCUGUAUUUCAAAUUGUACUAACGAGGUCUUUUUCGGCUCCCAUGACUACUAUAUCUACUGCUGUAAUAUGGAAGGUAAUCUGAUGUGGAAGUUCAAGACCACAUCAACUGUAUAUGCAACUCCAUUUGUCUUCCAAAGUCAGGCUUUUGGAGGUAAACCAUUUCUAGCUGUUGUAUCUACAGAUGGCAGAAUAUGGAUCCUGAAUGCUAAGACCGGCUUGAUAGAAGGGUCAGGGAAACUCCCAGGAGAAGUGUUCUCUUCUCCUGUCGUAUGUGGAACAAGGAUUCUUGUAGGGUGUAGAAAUAACUAUGUGUAUUGCAUGGAUUUAUGUAUAUCUGAAAACAACACAACUGCCUAACCGUGGUCUUGUCAACAUUUUUAAAUUUUGUUUGUUCUACAGGUAUUUAAACAUUUAUAUCUUCAUGCAUUGUUUGACCCCAAAAAUAUUUUGGCAGCAGGAAUGGAUAACGUUGCACUGAAACAGAAUUUUUUCAUUGCCGGGUGCUUUGAUUCUUUGUUUCUGCAUGGCAAGGGGUUGGACUGGAUGGCUCCUGUGGUCUCUUCCAACUCUACAAUUCUAUGAUAUAGAAUGAGUAUGUGUUCAUUCCACCCAGUUAGUGACAUGUUCUAAUGUCAAUCCACCUUAGUGUGCACAAGUCUUGUUUUGGUUGUUCCAGGAAGUCGGAAUUGUCUUCCUCCUUCAGCAAUAACCAAAGCACCCCUCACACUCACAAUUUAGCUGCUGCAGCCCCCAUUCCUUAGUCAGUCCGUGGCCAAUUGAGGAUAUGGCCAGAGGAUAUAGAAAAGCAAGGUCUGUCUCCCUACAGUCAGAUGCAGAACAAUGACAUCAUACCCAAGGACCUUGGCUGAUCUGGGUAGAUGACGCUGCCUUACAGGGACAUAGCCAAGUGAUUCUCCAAUUCCCUCUCCUUUCCUAACCAUUCUGUAGCUGAGGAGUGGGGGGGGGGCUGAGUCCUGCAAAGGGUGGAGGGGAAAGGGAUUUCCUCUUGUGAAACUUUCAUAUCAUGCCAUGUAAUACAGGCUCCUGAUACUUGUGCAUAUUGUAGCCUUUUAGUAGUCAUGAUUAUUACUACCAGAUGCAUUCAAAUGUAUUAAAUAUUUGCUGUUUAAGAUGCCAAUCCAUAUUUAUUACAUUUUCAGAAAGAGAAGACAAUUCUUGUCAAAAUAAAAGGUGAUGUUUACAAUUAAAGAAACCUAAGACUAAAACCUAAGACACUAUGAAUGUUGAUUAAAAUUGUUCUUCAUUUUAAA